GGGGUUUCUCUCACUAACGCAUCUUUCUCUUCAUCAUCGUCGUUUCUACCUACUGAAGAAAGUCUGCAAAUGAAGAACUCCAUUAAUCCAUAACUUAAUACUGAUUGAUGGAAUCUAGAUGGCUCCAAGUUUAAACAGAUUCAAGAAAGACACGUUAUUUCAAGCUCUCUCCUCUUCAAUCAUCGACUUAAAUGGCCACAAGCUCUUCCUCCGCCGUUCCUCCUCCGCCGCUGUCAAUCUGGAAAACUCCUCGCCAGGAUCUGGAACCAGACAGUUUUGUAGACAGCAAGUGCGCCUUCUUCACGGUAGCUCUCUGUCCCUGUCUCGUUUGCAUCAUAUUAGUCAUGAUCGUAGUCACCAUUCUCCUCAUUGUCAAGUUCCAUCUUUUCUGUCACACACCUCUACACUCUCUUUCCUCUCAUCUCUACAAGAAAAAAUGUUAGCUCCUGCUUGUACAGUUACUUUCUGUGUAAUUCCAGACGCGGGUUCAGAUUCAGAUGCUGAAUUGAAUCAAAAAGUUGAGUCAAAAGCAGAUCCGAAAGAAAUCGAUGCUGUUUGUAAGAUAAUCGAUGAAUUGUUUACCGUAGAUAGAAGUAUGGAAGCAGUUUUAGAUGAUUGUGGGAUCAAUUUAACUCAUGAUUUGGUUAUAGAUGUUCUUGAACGUUAUCGCCAUGCUAGAAAACCUGCUUUUCGAUUCUUCUGCUGGGCUGGUAAUAGGUCAGGUUAUGCUCAUGAUUCAAACACUUAUAAUAAGAUGAUGUCUAUACUCGGGAAGAACAGGCAAUUUGAAACGAUGGUGAUCUUGCUAGAAGAAAUGGGUGAGAAACAGAUUCUCACCAUGGAAACAUUCGAAAUCGCGAUUAAAGCUUUUGCAGAGGCGAAAGAGAGGAAGAAAGCAGUUGGGAUCUUUGAAUUGAUGAAGAAAUACAAUUACAAAGUUGGAGCUGACACUAUUAAUUGCUUACUUGAUGCUCUUGGAAGAGCAAAGCUAGGGGAGGAAGCUCAAACUUUAUUCGAUAAAUUGAAAGACAGAUUCACUCCAAAUCUGAAAACAUACUCAGUUUUACUCAACUGUUGGUGUAGAAUCAAGAAUUUAUUGGAAGCAGGUCGAGUUUGGAACGAGAUGAUCGACAAUGGUUUCCAACCCGACAUCGUAACCCAUCACACAAUGCUGGAAUGCUUAUUAAAAUGCAGAAAGAAAUCCGACGCCAUCAAGUUAUUUGAAGUAAUGAAAUCGAAAGGACCCACUCCAAACGUUCGUACCUACACAAUUCUAAUCAAAGAUUUAUGCAAACUAAAGAAGAUGGACGAAAGUCUUGAUUACUUCAACGAGAUGCUGGAUUCCGGGUGUGAACCAGACGCAGCAGUGUACACAUGUUUAAUGACAGGAUUUGGUAAUCAAAACAAAAUGGAUGUAGUUUACAGUUUACUACAAGAAAUGAAACAGAAAGGAUGCAAUCCAGAUUCGAGAACAUACAAUGCAUUGAUCAAAUUGAUGACGAACAGGAAGAUGCCAGAUGAUGCAGCUAGAGUUUACGAGAAGAUGAUUGAGAGUGGAUUCAAGCCUACGAUCCACACUUAUAACAUGAUGAUGAGAUGUUACUUUAUGUGUAGGGAUUAUUCGAUGGGUAAGAAGGUUUGGGAGGAGAUGAAUAGAAUGGGGGUUUGUCCGGAUGAUAAUUCGUAUGUUGUUUUUAUUGGCGGGCUUAUAAGAGAAGGGAAAUCGGAAGAAGCUUGUAAGUAUUUGGAGGAAAUGGUGGAGAAAGGUAUGAAGGCUCCUCAGAUUGAUUAUAACAAAUUUGCUGCGGAUUUUGCGAAAACGGGGAGGGGUGGUAUUUUGGAGGAAUUGGCUAGGAAGAUGAUGUUUUCGGGGAAGUUUGAUGCUUCUAAUCAUUUUGCAAGAUGGGCUGAAAUGAUGAAGAAGAGGGUUGUCGUGAAAAAACCUAAUCAUAUUGAUCGAUAGAUCUUUAUUUGGUUUAAUGUGUAUGAGUAUAUGGCCCAUUGAUGAUCAUGAACGGCUUUUUAAGUUUAAA